AUGUAUAAACACAUUCUAAAAAAAAGGGGGGGGGGGGACUUCUAUGCAUUGUGGCGUGGGGGAGGGAGAACAUCAUCUGUAACUAUUUCUGGCGCGGUCAAACGAGGGAUUGAGACUGAAGUGUUAGGACCAUUACGAAUAUGGCACAUCAUUGGUAUUUCACUUACAAUUCUAUCAAGUGCAGUGUUUAUGCUGUGCUGCUGCUGUAAUUUUCGUGUCCCACGAACUCGACAGCAGAUCGAAGAAAAUUACCUCAAGCGGAAGAUAAACAAACGAUAUCUUCACCUUCUAGAACGAAACCCAGAAAAACUGAUAACCAAGCGAG